GGUUCUUUCUGCUGCAUUCAGGUUUUUCUUAAGCAAUCCACUUUUCCACUCCACUAAUGGAAAGACCAUUAGCUCAGUAUCUGGCUAAAAUGCCAGCUCUUGGGUUGUUUCUUAGACCUACAGCGACCAGUUUAAAAAUGGGAAGAGGAAAGACUACAAUGUCUGUUCCUAGGACCACCAGGACUGAAGCUGACCUCCCUCAGGUUACACUUAUGACUUUAUUGUACAGGAUCAUCUUUAAAGGGUACUACAAUCGUGUACAUGAACUGCAGUUGUAUGAAAAGCAGCUUUAUGGCCCCAUGUUUAAAAUAAACACAGGUGCUUUUCAGACCAUUUCAAUAUGUAGUGCAGACCUGAUGGAAGAAAUUUUUAGGAAAGAUGAAAAGUUCCCGAGUAGAGGAGACAUGUCCCUGUGGACUGAAUAUCGAGAUAUAAAGGGCUUGGGGUAUGGCCCUUUGACUCAAGAAGGAGAGAAAUGGUACAAACUCCGAUCUGUGCUGAAAAAGCGUAUGCUGAAUCCGAAGGACAUUGUGAAGUAUGAGGACAUGGUGAAUGAGGUGGUAACAGAUUUUAUCAAAAGGAUAUAUAAUUUACGCAAGAUGAGUUCCACUGGAGACCUGGUACCCGACAUGUCCAAUGAGCUGUACCUCGUUUCACUUGAAGGAAUCUCCCGCAUACUUUUUGAGACUCGUAUUGGCUGUUUGGACAAUAAGAUACCAGCUGAGACUCGGGACUUCAUUGACUCCAUUGGCCAGAUGUUUCUCUACAACAUGCUUGUCCUCCCCUUUCCCACAUGGACACGAAACUAUUUGCCAUUCUGGCAACGCUUUGUGAAAGGUUGGGAUGGGAUCUUCAAAUUUGCCUGCAAGCUAAUUGACCGGAAGAUGGAAGACAUUCAGAGAUGCCUGGACACAGGACAGGAAGGUGCAGGCGGGUACCUCAGCUAUUUGCUUUCGAACACCAACAUUGGCAAAACAGAUAUUUAUGGGAGUGUUGCUGAAAUGCUUGUAGGAGGAGUGGACACAACAUCCAACACUAUGCUGUGGGCCUUGUACCUGCUAUCACAAAAUCCAAAGGCACAGGACACACUGUACCUGGAAGUGACCAGUAUUGUCAAGGGGGACAAAAUUCCAACAGCUGAGGACAUAAACAAGAUGCCGUACCUAAAGGCUGUCAUUAAGGAGACUCUAAGAGUCUACCCAGUUGUUCCCAUAAAUGGACGACUUUUUUCAAGAAACGAUAUCAUAAUUGGAGGUCACUAUUUCCCUAAAAAGACUGCAUUUACUUUCUACCAUUAUGCGAUCAGUCAUGAUGAAAGCAUAUUCCCAGAACCAAGUCUCUUCAAGCCAGAACGCUGGUUACGGGAUGGAAGGGAGAGACCUAAUUCAUUCAGCUCCAUCCCUUUUGGGUUUGGAGUGAGAGGGUGUAUUGGUAAACGUAUUGCUGAACUGGAGAUGCACCUGGCUCUGGCGAGGAUAAUAAAGCUGUUUGAAGUGAAGCUGGAUCCAAGUGUGGGAGAAGUAAAAGCAGUCACACGUAUUAUGCUCGUUGCAGACAGACAGGUCAAUUUCCAAUUCCUGGAGCGGAAACCUGCUUUAAGCAGUUCUGACGAACUAAAAGGAUUCACUCCUUCUCUUCAGUCCUAACUUCUAAAUGGCAUGAAGCGUCAGAGUAUUAUAAUUAUAUUAAUAUCAAGAAAAUGUGUGUGAUGUAGGAUUUUGUUGUAGGAUAAAUGUAGCAAUGUCCAAAUUAGCUGGUGCCAAGGUGUGUAACUGCUUGAUCGAAUGAAAAGUCUGCACCUUCAAAGGUGAUUUUUAGACAACUUUCAAGAAAUGUCAGCUAGAAAAGUUGUGUGUGUUAUAAUGUUAUAUAUUGCAAUUAUUCUCCAACAGAAACAAAGUUUCAGGGUUUUUUUCCUCCACAUUUUAACCUUACUGCUCUCUUCAUCACUGUUAGUUUUAUUUGACUGUUUUGUAAUGUAACCUUUUGCCAGAAAUAUAAACUAUAGAUCCUGGAUUAUUUAAAUAAGUAAUUAAUUACUUAAUCAUUAUCAUUACCUAAACAUUUUUUUAUAUAAAUUUUAUAUACUUUACUGUACACCUA